AUGGAGAAGAAGCUGGGAGUCAAGCCAAGUUCUGCUUCCUGGAUUUUAUCAGGAUUUUGUUGGCAGACAUCUGUGAAGUGGUUGAGAAGCCUGCAUCUGUUUUAUAUUUGCUUCUACUUCAGUGUGCUGUGCUUGUCAACAGAUGCCAGUGAGAGCAGGUGCAAACAGGUGAAGACACAAUUUGGAGUUGGCUUGAGAUCUGGGGGAGAAAAUUACCUCCGGCUUCUUGAAGGAACCCCCUCUCUCCAGGCAUGUUGGGCUGCCUGCUGCCAGGACUCUGCAUGUCAUGCCCUUUGGUGGUUAGAAGGGAUGUGCAUUCAGGCAGACUGCAACAGUCCCCAGAGCUGCCGGACUUUUAGGACAGACUCUUCCAAUUCCAUGCUGGUGUUUUUUAAGAAAUUCCAAGCUGCAGAUGACUUGGGCUUUCUACCUGAAGAUGUUGCACCUCAUAUUCUGGGGCUAGGUUGGACCAGGGCAUCUCAGAGGAGGCAGAGCCUUCCCAGAGCUCCACUCCGACCUGCUGUAUCUUCCAGGGACCAGCAGAACUUAAUCAGGAGGCUUCAGAAGAGAGAGAGUCCCAGUAAAGAAGUUACACCUAUAGUGACACAGCAUUCUGAAGUGAAUGACUCCAAGGCACUAGGUGAUCUGAAAACCAAUGGCUCCGAAGAGGUCCACAAGACAGUUACAAUGUCCAAUCCCCUAACUACAAAUCUGACUGGGGAGAUUCCUGUUGGGUCAAAGACUGUAUCAGUCCAACUUGAGACGUCAGAGAAUCUGGGUACUACGUCUAGCACUCAGCAAGUAAAAAACCCUGGGAUAACCCAGAUUGCUACCCCUCUGCCAGUGACUCCCUCCUCCAGUUAUGCCACCCCCACCCCACACACCUCUUUCCAGAGCACUUCUGCACCGUUUCCAGUUAUAAAGAAGCUGGUCAUAUCUGCUGGAGAGAAUGUCCAGGUGACUCUGCCUAAGAAUUCAGUCCAGUUAAAUGCAUAUGUUCUCCAAGAACCACUUAAAGGAGAAACCUACAACUACAAUUGGCAGCUGAUUACUCAUCCUAAAGACUACAGUGGAGAAAUGGAAGGGAAACAUUCCCAGAUCCUCAAACUAUCCAAGCUCACUCAAGGCCUGUACGAAUUCAAAGUGAUUGUAGAUGGUCAGAAUUCCCAUGGGGAAGGCAGUGUGAAUGUGACGGUAAAGCCAGAGCCCCGUAAAAAUCAGCCUCCUGUUGCCAUUGUGUCACCACAGUUCCAGGAGAUUUCUCUGCCAACCACUUCUACAGUCAUUGAUGGCAGCCAAAGCACUGAUGAUGAUAAAAUCGUCAGGUACCAUUGGGAAGAACUAAAGGGACCUCUGAGAGAAGAGAAGAUUUCUGAAGAUACGGCCAUAUUAAAACUAAGUAAGCUCGUCCCUGGGAACUACACUUUCAGCUUGACUGUAGUAGACUCUGAUGGAGCUACCAACUCGACCACUGCAAACCUGACAGUGAACAAAGCUGUGGAUUACCCCCCUGUGGCCAACGCAGGCCCCAACCAAGUGAUCACCCUGCCCCAAAACUCCAUCACGCUCUUCGGGAACCAGAGCACUGAUGACCAUGGCAUUACCAGCUAUGAGUGGUCGCUCAGCCCCAGCAGCAAAGGGAAAGUGGUGGAGAUGCAGGGUGUUAGAACGCCAACCCUGCAGCUCUCUGCCAUGCAAGAAGGAGACUACACUUACCAGCUAACAGUGACUGACACAAUAGGACAGCAGGCCACCGCUCAAGUGACUGUUAUUGUGCAGCCUGAAAACAACAAGCCGCCACGGGCAGAUGCAGGCCCAGAUAAAGAGCUGACCCUUCCCAUGGAUAGCACAACCUUGGAUGGUAGCAAAAGCUCAGAUGAUCAGAAAAUUAUCUCAUAUCUCUGGGAAAAAACACAGGGACCUGAUGGGGUGCAGCUCGAGAAGGCUAACAGCAGUGUCGCCACUGUGACUGGGCUGCAAGCGGGAACCUACGUGUUCACCUUGACUGUCAAAGAUGAGAGGAGCCUGCAGAGCCAAAGCUCUGUGAAUGUCAUUGUCAAAGAAGAAACGAACAAACCACCUAUAGCUAAGAUAACUGGGAAUGUAGUGAUAACCCUGCCCACGGACACAGCCGAGCUGGAUGGCUCCAAGUCCUCAGAUGAUAAGGGAAUAGUCAGCUACCUCUGGACUCGAGAUGAGGGGAGCCCAGCAGCAGGGGAGGUGUUAAAUCACUCAGAUCACCACCCUAUCCUCUUUCUUUCCAACCUGGUCGAGGGAACCUACAUAUUUCAUCUGAAAGUGACUGAUGCGAAGGGUGAGAGUAACACAGACCAGACCACUGUGGAGGUGAAACCUGAUCCCAGGAAAAACAACCUAGUGGAGAUCAUCUUGGAUGUCAACGUCAGUCAGCUGACUGAGAGGUUGAAGGGAAUGUUCAUCCGCCAGAUUGGGGUCCUCCUGGGGGUGCUGGAUUCCGACAUCAUUGUGCAAAAGAUUCAGCCGUACACGGAACAGAGCACCAAGAUGGUAUUUUUUGUUCAAAACGAGCCUCCGCACCAGAUCUUCAAAGGCCAUGAGGUGGCUGCGCAGCUCAAGAAUGAACUCCGGAAACAAAAGGCAGACUUUCUAGUGUUCAGAGCCCUGGAGGUCUACACCGUCACAUGCCAGUUGAACUGUUCUGAGCAUGGCCACUGUGAUUCCUUUACCAAACGCUGCGUCUGUGACCCUUUUUGGAUGGAGAAUUUCAUCAAGGUGCAGCUGAGGGAUGGAGACAGCAACUGUGAGUGGAGCGUGUUAUAUGUUAUCAUUGCUUGCUUUGUCAUUGUCGUUGCCUUUGGAACCCUGUCCUGGACUGUGAUCUGUUGUUGUAAGAGGCAAAAAGGAAAACCCAAGAGAAAAAGCAAGUACAGAAUCCUGGAUGCCACGGAUCAGGAAAGCCUGGAGCUGAAGCCCACCUCCCGAGCAGGCAUCAAACAGAAAGGCCCAAUGCUGAGCAGCAGCCUGAUGCACUCUGAGUCGGAGCUGGAUAGCGAUGAUGCCAUCUUCACGUGGCCAGACAGAGAGAGGGGCAAACUCCUGCAGGGUCAGAACGGCUCCGUGCCCAACGGACAGACCCCGCUGAAGGCCAGGAGCCCGCGGGAGGAGCUCUUAUAA